AAACAAAUCAGCUAGAGGGCAAAUUUUUGAGUUUGGUCUAGUUUGGAGGAGAUGCCUAAACUAAACAAGGAAACGGUAAAUAUACCUCCUAGUGGAAGCUGGAGCUGGAAUGAUGAAACACAAACGCUGGAGUUCACUUGUUUCAGUACGCCUGUGGAAAUUGAAGGGAAGGGGAAAAAAAACAAAACAUCUACAUAUCAAGAGCAUAUCCGGAUACAUUUAGAAAAGAUCUUAAAGUACAACACAUCAUCCAGAGGAGGGUGCUCUACGUUGAAGAAGACUGCAGGAACUGCUAAGCUAAAUGCCUUUAAGGCUUCCACAAAAAGCUCACAGAGGGACACGGUUACCAUUGAGAAAAUUAAACAAGUGGCAGUCGCCUUAGUACAGGAGAAAGACGGCCUGCCUAUUCCACAGUGCUUUCUGAAUAUGAUCCAGAGCAGGGAGCUGGAUGAGUUUCUGGCUGGUCUCUUGCUCUACCUGUCCUGCCACUUGGAGAAGAGAGCUCUAGAGGAACGACCUAAGGCCCUCAUGACGGAGCAGAGUGUGAUGGAGAAACAGGUGAUGGCAGAGACAAGUGCUAAAGUGGAGCUGGCCAAGAAGCACCUUGGAUUCUGUUACUCUGCUCUGGUGCUUGGGUUAGGGCUUUCCCAGCAGCAUCACAUGGUCUGUGGCAGGACCAGGGUGUCAUCUACUUACCGAGACAGGCAUCUGUAUGAGUGUUUGUAUAGCUUCUUCUGCUGUGUGGCAUGGGUUACCUUUGGUAGGCAGGAUUUAAAGGGAAUACAAGCUGAGAUUGGUCACCUGUUCCGUUCUGACUUAUUUAACCCUGCCCUGAGACCUCAAGGGAAGGAGCCAGAAGGGGAACAGGAGGAGCUACAGACCACUCAGAAAGAGGGCCAGUCUGAAACUAAAGGGCCCAGACAAGCUGUCCUAAACAACAGGAAGUCUCAGCGGGGGCCUGCCUUGAGCAGUAUUGUGACCCAGCGCUCACCCAUCAUGGUGUCACUUUUGCCUUCCCCGCGAGAAAAAGCCCCUCAUCUGUUUCAGACCUUCUUCUCUCAUAAACAACAGCCAGCUACACUCAGUGACAGUGAGGCUCUGAUGGAGGAACUCAGGCAACAGCUAGCCUCUUUAAACUUUGGCAUACUGGGAAAGCCCCUGAGUCAGUUUAGCUACACCACACUUGUGCCUCAUGGAGACAAGAAUGAAGUGGAGGAGGAAGGUGAUGAAGACAGCAGUGGUGAUGACUGUGAAUGUGAAAGUGAGGGUCACAGAGCACAAGUUAGGGAUAGCAGGCCGUCAUUUACUGGCCCGAGAUCCACGACAGCGGACAAAUAUAGCAGCUUUAGCCGGGCUAACACAGUGGCCUCCAGAACCACCACGGAGGCACUGUCCUCAGACACUGAAUGAAGCUCACUUCUGUUUGUGUGUCCACCAGUUUUGCACCAGUACAUAUGCUUUACCAUCAUCUUAAGUAUUUGGAUAAUCUGGGACAUUGUGACUGGUAAUCUGGGUCUGUAUAAAUGUUAUGAGCAGGGAAGUAUGUAUGUAUAUCCACUUGUUUAUUUUAGAGGGUGUGAUGUGGGGAUGUAGCUUCUCAGUUCAACAGUCAAACCUUCAAAGUUGCUUCAGAGGCAACAAUACUGCAGAGUUUACAAUUUGAAAUUAUCCUUCAUCAAUUCCUUGAGUUUUUAUAUGGAUUGCAAGUUUUCAUUUCGUUUAAUGUGGCACCCAUGAUCUAUCAGGAGAUGCUGAAAAUGACAGACAAUGAAUAAGAUGAUAUGAAGUAGAGAAUCUGCGGUACGAAUAUGUGCAUUUUUCACGUUUGUCCAUUAGGGGGAGACAGCACAUACAGUACAGAUGGACAAACGGCUCAUAGGGCAAUAAUAAGGAAAUAUCUAGAAAUAGUACAUUUUAAGGAACUUAAGAGGACAGGCUUAUUUUCAAAGUAAAUGACUAAAUACUAAAUAAAG